AUGGCAGCUCAUGAGAAUCAUCUACGGAUAAUUCUUCAGACUCUUUGGGAUAAGAAACUGUAUGCAAAAUUAAAGAAAUGUGAAUUUUGGUUACAUGAAGUAGGAUUUUUGGGACAUGUGGUGACGAAGGAGGGUAUUGCCGUUGAUCCACACAAGAUUGAAGCUAUUGUGAAUUGGCCGACGCCUACUAAUGUGUCAGAAGUGCCUAGUUUCUUGGGUUUGGCCGGAUACUACCGACGGUUUGUUAAGGACUUUUCCAAAAUUGUGAUACCGCUUACUCAGUUAACCCAAAAAGGUAUUUUGUUUGAAUGGUCGGAGCAAUGGGAAUCUGCUUUUCAGGAACUAAAGACAAGGUUAACUACAACACCUGUUCUAGCCUUACCAUCCGGUAACGAAGGAUUUGAGAUUUAUAGUGACGCUUCUCAUAAAGGUUUGGGCUGUGUACUUAUGCAAAAUAGGAGGGUCAUUGCAUAUGCCUCUCGUCAACUUAAACCCCAUGAAAGGAACUACCCCACACAUGACCUUGAGCUAGCUGCAGUGGUUUUUGCUUUGAAAAUAUGGCAUCACUAUCUGUAUGGGGCUAGAUGUGAGCAACUGCAGUUACAUACAACCAAGUCUUUCCUGAGUGCAUGGGACGCAGCUUGUGCCUCUGCAAACCCUACAACAAUCUAUGUCCCACCAGGAAGGUACUUGCUUCACAAAGCAAAGUUCUACGGUGAACAGUGCAAGAACACAGCCAUCACAAUCCGUAUCGAUGGCACUCUUGUUGCUCCCUCUGACUACCGCGCUAUUGGAAAUGGUGGAAGCUGGCUUAUAUUUGAGAAAGUCAGUGGGGUUUCCAUCUUUGGAGGAACACUUGAUGGCCAAGGGACUGGUUUGUGGGCUUGCAAAGCCUCUGGCAAGGCUUGCCCUACUGGAGCUACGACACUGGCCUUGUACAAUUCGAACGACAUUGUAAUUAAUGGAUUAACAUCACUAAACAGUCAGAUGUUCCACAUUGCCAUCGAUGGCUGCCAUAAUGUGAAGGUACAAGGAGUGAAGGUCUCGGCCUCAGGCAAUAGCCCAAAUACAGAUGGUAUUCACAUUCAAUUAUCAUCUGGAGUCACCAUCUCCAACUCUAGGAUAGCCACAGGAGACGAUUGUGUCUCAAUAGGCCCUGGCAGUUCCAAUUUAUGGAUCGAGAACGUUGCCUGUGGCCCUGGCCAUGGGAUCAGCAUUGGAAGUCUAGGAUGGGAAUUGCAAGAACCUGGAGUGCAGAAUGUGACAGUUAAAACGGUUACUUUCACGGGUACACAAAAUGGUGUGAGGAUAAAGACAUGGGGUAGGCCCAGCAAUGGUUUUGUUCGGGGCAUUGUUUUUCAGAACCUCUUUAUGGUCAAUGUCCAAAAUCCCAUCAUAAUUGAUCAAAAUUACUGUCCUCACAAUAACAAUUGCCCUGGUCAGAAUUCUGGUGUGAUUAUUAGUGACGUGACAUAUCAAGACAUCCAUGGAACAUCGGCGACAGCAGUUGCAGUUAAAUUUGAUUGUAGUAAAAAGUAUGGAUGCAAAGGGAUAAGGUUGGAAGACGUUAAUCUCACCUUCGGGAAUCAACCAGCAGAAGCAUCAUGUGUCAAUGUUGGAGGAUCAACCUCUGGUUCAGUUAAACCAACAAGUUGUUUGUAGGACAAUAUGAAAUUUAUACACACAUCAUAUGAAUUAAUCUAGACUAUAUUAAGAAUCUAAGAGAAAGGAAAAGCAUAGGGAAUUAACAUCCAUAUUUUUAGUAUUAUUGUCAGUUUAUUAGCUCAUGAAAUUAGACAAGAUCCAGAUUUAUACACACAUCAUAUGUAUAAUAUAUUAGUCCAUCCCCAUUGAGCCUGCUGCUGGCCAUGCAGAGCACUGUAGUCUAAACCCUUCAUUGGGUAACCUGUUGUAUUCUCAAAUUCGUAAAAGGAAAAGAAUUACUAUUUGAAUUAGUAU